UCUAUCUCCCGUCUGAUCAAUGUUUAUAAACAAUGUUACUUUGUAUGAACCUGAAAAGAAGACUUGCUCUCCUUCUCUUGUUUUAGGUUCUCGGGAUGGAAGACCAAGCCUCGAAUUCUAGCUUCUCUCACACUGACUUCCGCCUGCGCGGCUUUCCUGGGAUCUCAGAGUCCAGACAAUUCUUUGCCAUCCCGAUCCUUGUGAUCGAUAUCCUGAUACUGACUGGGAACUGCACCAUGGCGUAUGUCAUCUGGACGGAGAAGACUCUACGCUCGCCCAUGUACAUUCUCAUCUCUAUGGUCUUCUCGUUGAACGUCUCCUAUGCUAUGACCGUCAUGCCGAAAUUCCUUCUUGGGAUGAUGUUUGGACUGGAGAGGAUAACGUUGGCCGAGUGCCUCACCCAGAUGUCCUUUCUGUACAUGGCCGGGACCUUCAGCUCAAACCUAUUCCUCCUGAUAGCUGUGGACAGGUAUGUGGCCAUCGUUCUACCCCUCCGUUACCACCUUAUCAUGACGGAGAAGACGUUGGCCGUGCUUCUCUUUCUAAGCUUGGUGCGGAGUUUCCUCUUUGUUUCUCUCAUCGUUGGUUUCACCUCGAGGGUUCAGUUUUGUGGAUCCAACGUCAUCCUGAACUUUGCUUGUGAGAAUAUGAGCCUCUUGAAUUUGGGGUGUGGAGACGUGUUCGGGGUUCAGGCUGUUGGCCUUUGGGUGAGGAUACUUCUCACGGCGAUGGAUGGAGCCUUCAUAGUGAUAUCUUACUUGAGAAUUCUUUACACCGUCAUGAACUUAGUAGAGGGAAAGGCUCGGGACAAGGCCAGACAAACCUGUAGUGCCCAUCUGUUGGUGGCCGUGGUGACCUAUUCUUCUGGGUUGUCUUCUUCCAUCAUCUAUCGAAUGGGACAUCUCAUUUCAAGUGAUGUUCAGAACACAAUCAGCAUCCUAAACUACGUGAUCCCGGCAGCUGCCGACCCGAUCAUCUACGGGGUGAAAAUGAGGGAAAUCCGGAACAGCCUGAAAAAAAGACUUUCCUUAAAAAAACGCCAACAAUUCGUGUUUUCCGUGGCGGUAAUGUUCAGUCUCGGAAAACUGGACCGAAAGCAGCCAAAACAUUGACCAUGCUUCUCUUUCUAAACUUGGUGCGGAGUUUCCUCCAUGUUUCUCUCAUAGUUGGUUUUGCCUCCAAGGUUCAGUUUUGUGGAUCCAACGUCAUCCUGAACCUUGCUUGUGAGAAUAUGAGCCUCUUGAGUUUGGGGUUUUGAGACGUGUCCGGGGUUCAGGCUGUUGGCCUUUGGGUGAGGAUACUUC